CUUGACAAUUCGUGGUUUGAAACUUGAAAUUAGCGUGAAAAUGUCGAUCGACACGUCGUGUUUCACCCUGCCUCCGGAGAAAGAGAGCGGAGGCGGCGAAAUGAGCCGCUGCAAGCCGCCGCCGUCGGGCGGCUCCAGCUCGGCGCACUUGAUCGUCUCGGAGAUCAUGUGCGAAAUCGUCGACAACGCCUUCGAAGUCAUCAUGGCGAAGAGCCUCCAGCCUCCCAAAGUCGACAAGAUCACUCCAAACGUCGUCGGUGACAUUUUGGAAAAUAUCCUCGCGCCGGCAUCGACCGGGGUGUCAAACGAGAGCUACCGUCAUGACGAAACCGCCUUGCUAGACGACGAAAUCAAGCAGAUUAUCAAAGAGAUGAAAUACCCGCCCGAGCAGAAGAGUAUCAUCUGCACGCAAGGCGUGGGGGAUCAACUGGGGGACAAGACCGAAGUGGCGCCGGAUAGAGUGUUGGCAGAGCCGGUUAAACGCAACACGCUGGAGAGGAAGAAUCGCCUGACGAACCUGGUGCGGAACUCCAAGCAGAUGCUGUCCAAGCUGGUGGCGGCCGAAAACGAGAACGAGGUGAGGAUGACCAAGUCGGAGGAGAUCCACGAGAAGCUGCUGAAGGUGAUCGAUUUGGAGGGGGACGAGCAUUUCGUGGAGCCGGGGAGCAGCGGCGCUUCGGGGAUCCUGCACAUGCCUUUCGAGGCCGGGAUGGACAUGGUGGAUUUGAGAAGCAGCGGGCCGUUCGAGGGCGAGGAGGCGAGUGGGACUGACGCCACGGUGGUGGUAGACGACAGUUCUGUCAGUAAAAUAGAGAAGAAGGGUUUGGGUGCGCACAAGAAGAAGUGGAAUUUUGGGGCGAAAAUUAUGAGAUACAUCAAGAGGAACAAGGAUGACAAGAAAUGAGAGGAGUAGCUGCGAUUACACAUUUACAGGUUUUUUCAAUUUUCAUGUAUUAAAUUAUUUAUAGAUUUUUCCAAAUGUAAUAAACUUUUUCUAUGUAA